GCGCGCUGCCUGUCGAUAAAGAGCUCGCGGCGGCGUUUGACGUCAUGGGGAGUUAAUUUUAAACCUGGACAAGAUGGCGGAAGGGGACGCGGCUCGGUACGGGCAGCGAGCGGAGCUGCCCCGGCUCCAGCCGGAGUUGGCAGGUGAAAGCUAUGUGGACGCAGAAGAGAAUGCCUUUUUGGAUUUGGAUGAAGAGGUGGUUCCAGGGAAGCCAUCCCCAAUACAAAUCGUUCUUGCUCAUGAAGAUGAUCAUAACUUUGAACUGGAUGAAUCUGCUUUGGAAAGAAUCUUGCUUCAAGAACACAUAAGAGAUCUCAACAUAGUGGUGGUUUCUGUAGCUGGCGCAUUCCGUAAAGGCAAAUCCUUCCUCUUGGACUUCAUGCUUAGGUAUAUGUACAACAAGGAAUCAUCUGCUUGGAUAGGGGACAGUUAUGAGCCUCUCACUGGUUUUACAUGGAGAGGAGGAUGCGAAAGAGAAACUACUGGCAUUCAGAUAUGGAGUGAAGUGUUUGUAAUUCCCAAGCCUGAUGGGACAAAGGUUGCUGUAUUACUAAUGGAUACCCAAGGUGCCUUUGAUAGCCAAUCAACUAUCAAAGACUGUGCGACUGUAUUUGCUCUGAGCACCAUGACGAGUUCAGUCCAGGUAUACAACUUAUCACAGAACAUCCAAGAAGAUGAUCUUCAGCAUUUGCAGUUAUUUACAGAGUAUGGAAGACUAGCUAUGGAAGAAAUCUACCAAAAGCCAUUUCAGACUCUAAUGUUCUUAAUUAGAGACUGGAGCUAUCCUUAUGAACAUCCAUAUGGCUUAGAAGGAGGAAAACAAUUUCUAGAAAAGAGGUUGCAGGUUAAAUUACAUCAACAUGAAGAGCUCCAGAAUGUAAGGAAGCAUAUUCAUUCGUGUUUCAGUAAUCUUGGCUGUUUCCUGUUGCCGCACCCUGGUCUCAAAGUUGCGACUAACCCAAACUUUGAUGGGAGGCUAAAUGACAUUGAUGAAGACUUUAAGAGAGAGCUACGGAAUCUGGUUCCAUUGCUGCUUGCCCCUGAAAAUCUGGUAGAAAAAGAAAUCAGUGGCUCGAAGGUGACUUGUAGAGAUCUUGUGCAAUAUUUUAAGGCUUAUAUUAAAAUCUACCAAGGAGAGGAACUACCUCAUCCAAAGUCAAUGCUUCAGGCAACAGCAGAAGCCAACAACCUUGCUGCAGUAGCUGGAGCAAAAGAUACUUACAACAAAGGAAUGGAGCAGGUUUGUGGUGGAGAUAAGCCUUACAUUGCCCCUGCGGACCUGGAGCGAAAGCAUCAAGAUCUUAAGGACCUUUCUAUAAAACAGUUCCGUUCUGUGAAAAAGAUGGGAGGGGAAGAGUUCUGUCGCCGUUAUCAGGACCAGCUUGACAAAGAGCUUGACGAAAUCUAUGCAAACUUUCUGAAGCACAAUGAUGGCAAAAACAUCUUCUAUGCUGCUCGCACCCCAGCCACUCUCUUUGCUGUCAUGUUUGCCAUGUACAUAAUCUCAGGAUUGACUGGAUUCCUUGGCAUGAACUCUAUAGCUACCCUGUGUAACCUUGUGAUGGGGUUAGCAUUGGUCUCCCUUUGUACUUGGGCAUAUGUUAAAUACUCUGGGGAAUUCAGAGAAGUUGGAACACUCAUUGAUCAGAUUGCUGAAGUACUAUGGGAACAGAGGAGUCCCAAGAAGGUGUGUUUGAAAUUCUUUGAAGUUGUUAGACGUCGUAUGAUUCGCCGUGCUCUUACCUCAGCGCAACGGCAACGACUCCCAUCCAACAAUAACAAGAAGAAGAAUUAGCCAGUAUUCUUACCUUUCCCCCUUUCUGUAUCUGAAGCAUUCACCACUCGUAGGACAGUGAUAAAACCUCUUGGGGAUAAUUUGAUUGAGGAUACCAUGAGACAAUCGGUUACAAACUCUAUCAAAGCAGGCCUGACUGAACAGAUGUCUCAGCAUGCCAGAUUAAAGACAGAUUGACAGUUCAUCUCCUCAUCUCAUCUGCCUACCCAUCCUAGACUUGCUUGCUGUACAAUGAGAACUCAAUAAACCAAAGUUUACAUUUGACUGUAGAGAAGUAGUUUAGUCUGACUGGCUUCCCAAUUUGCUGCCGCCGUAGUGCGGGAGGGGUGUGUGGGGGAAGGUUUGACAGCUUUUAAAGACUUUCUCCUCUGCUUGCUUCUAAGAGGCAACCUAAUGUCAUAUAGACAAGGGGAUUUUUUUAAACUACGAAGUUAGUAUACUGUGUACCCAGUGGGGAGGUGGUGUGUCCCUCUGUCUUGCGGAAACAUAUCCACUGUAAAGUGUUUUUCAGGGAAGUAAUUAUCAAACCUAUACAAGAAAAUCUUACAACAGAAUGUAUGAAGCAACACAAUGUUCCCAUCGAACAUUUGAACUCUGAACAUUUUUAACAUGAAUCCAACUGACAUGUCUGCAGUAGCAGUUGGCUGUGAAGUCAUGUUUGAGCCACUACGUUUAGCUAUUCCUUGCUUUACUGCCUUUUCUGCCAGUAUUACCCUAAUGCAUGUGUAUUGUUCUCCACAGAAAUUUACAUUUAGAGGUAACAACUGUAACCAAGGAAGCUAUCCAAGUGUACAUUGUCUUGCCUUUUUUAAAAUCUGGAGAUCUACAGGAAAUGCAUAUCAAACAAGAGCUGUCUUUCUCUGCAGUUUUAGCCUUCAUGUAUAUAUAAUAUGCCAUUAAUAUUGCUGGGGGGAGAAAAUCCAUCCAAAAAACUGUUGCCUACAGCUACAAAGCAAUGAGUUAGGAUUGUCUGUACAGUGUGUCUAAUUUUUUAAGAAACCACAGGGCAUGUAUAAAAUAUAAAUAUAUAAAUACAAUUUUGUAUCAAAGUUUUGUAGUUUAUGGCAAAACCUGGUUCUGUGAUAGGCUAAGUACAGUCCCUGUAAAGGAAUGUUUGUGGCUCAUGUAAAUGUGUGAAUGCAUCAAAACAAUUUGGAGUUUUUGAUAUAUUUGUGAUAUUUACCUGCCUUGAGCACUGCAAUCUCACCCCAUGGGAAAUCAGUGGGAAUGUUUGUUGUGAAAAUUUGUCCUCAGUUGCAUUUUAAAGUUAUUUCCUGUAAUUUAUUUUCCAGUACAUGAUUAAAAUCAAUUGUGUAUAUAUGAAAUUAAACUCAUGAUUCUUAUUUAGAAAUGUU